AUGGAAGCGUUCCAAGACGCAACCCUCCCUCCCUCCGCGAUCGACGCCGCGAAACGCGUUCUCGCGGCGUGGGAGGAAAUCGAUCUGGAAGGGAAGAAAUCCGGGUGGGACGCGUUAGGGUUGACGAUCUCGCAGUUCCAGGAAACGAGCUCGAAGAACCGCCGGUCUCUCGCGGAGCAGACGAAGGCGUUCAAGAGCAGCGGCGGGGAGAAGAAGGACUUUGCGCCGCUGCUCAAGGCAUACCAGGCGGAGAUCGACUCGAUCACGAAGCGCGCGAAGCACGCGGAGAGCGCGUACCUGGGCGUGUACCAGGCGCUCUACGACGCGCCCGACGUGCUGCCGCUGCUGCGCUCCUUCGUGCCCGUCGCGGCGCGCGUGGCGGGCGCGGAGCAGGAGGCGCGGCGACUGCGGCAGGAGAUGGAGAUCGUGCGUGCGGACGCAGCAGCAGGCAAGGCACUGCAGGCGUCACUGCAUCGCCUGCAGGAGCGCAACACAGAGCUGGAGGAGCGGCUGACAGAGAAGGUGCGGGAGGCGCUGGAGGAGAGGGCGGGGGAGAUGGAGGCGCGCGUGCUGGUCUUCCGCCAGCGCGAGGCGGACCUAGAGGCGCGCAUCCGCGAGGGGAUGGAGAACCUCGCCGCCAUGCAGAGAGCAAACGAGGCGAUGCAGGGCGUGGUGUUUGAGGCGAAUGCACGCAUGGAGGAGGAGAGGGCGAGCAAGCAGCACGAGAUUGAUGGGCUCAUGGAGGAGCUUGAACGCAGCCAGGCUCGUGUGAGCAUGCUGGAGCAGCGGCUCUCUGCUGCUACCGCUGCUGCUACUGCUGCUUCGCCCCCUCUUCGCCCUGCUUCGCCCCCUCUUCGCCCUGCUUCUGCCACACCCGCCGCUGCCGCUGCUGGUGAAAGCUUGCUUGGGGAAGGAGAAUUAACCACAGAAGGGGAGGAGGGGGGUGCUAAGUCCCCUGCACUGCUCUCAGCAUCAGCAUCGGCAUCAGCAUCAGCAGCAGAUGCUGCGGCUGCGGCUGUGGCAGAGGAUCCUGAGGAGGCUAAGGAGAGGCUUGUGUCUCGCCUGCACAUGCAGCUGCAGCAGAUGCAGGACACGCUGCAGCGCGAGAGGGACGAGUGGGAGGGGGCGUUGCAGCAGGCGCAGCAGCAGGUGGCGGAGAGGGAGGCGCAGGUGCAGCAGGUGCAGGCGGAGCUGCAGGCAAGGGCGUCCCCCGCGCAGGUGGAGGAGCUGAGACAGCAGAUCCGCGUGCUGCAGGCAUUAGCAGGUGCAGAGGUGGAUGAUAUAGACGGUGCAGAACUCUCCUCCACCCUCUCCUCCUCCUCCGCUGCAGCCGCCGCACUCCCAGCAGCUGCAGGAGGGGAAGAAAGAGAAGGCAAGGGAGGGGAGGGAGAAGGAGCAGGAGCAGGAGGAGCAGGAGGAGCAGGAGGGGGAGCAACAGGAGCAGUAGCAGCAGCAGCAGCGGGGGUGCUACUCACAGAGGAGCAUCGAAUCCAAGCAGCACUGCGGGAGAGCAAUCGCCGCUUAAUGGCAGAGCUCACAGCCACGCGAAUCUCCCUCUCAGAAAGCCGGCUGGAAGCCGAGGAGAAAGCAGCCCGCGUGGUUGCCUUAGAGGAGGAAUGCAGCGAGUUGCGUGCCCUGGUGCAACGGCUAGAAGAGGACAUUGUUGCUGGGAGCGGGUCGAUUAGAGAGAUUCUGGUGCAGUCAGGGGUCGGCGGGCAGGGGAAGAAGGGAGGGUUUCUGGGCGGAGGGGCAGGAGGGGCUGAAGGGACUGCUGCGACGAUGGCUUCUCUGCUUGGAGGUGGGGGAGAUGGAGGAGGGGGAGGAGAAGGGGGAGGGGGAGGAGGAGAGGGGGGACGAGGGGCGGGGGGGAGUGAAGGAGCGGGUGGCGGGGGAGGGAGAGGGGGGGCGGGGGCGGCAGGGGAGGAGGGCCAGCGGGACAUGCUGCUGAUAGUGUGCGAUCAGAGGGAGCGGUUCCGCAAGCGAGUGCAGGAGCUGGAGGAGCAGACAGGCUCCCUGCAAGAGCAACUCAACCGUGCGAACCUCGAGACUCAGCGAGUGACGAAUGACAACCUGGCGCUAUACGAGAAGAUCCGAUUCCUAGAGCAGUACAACCGCCGCUCCUCUGUUCCCAUGCGCAAGCUCUCCCCUUCAGGAGACGAUGAUGGAGGAGCAGGAGGUGCAGGAGCAGGAGGAGCAGGGAUGGCUGGUGCUGGUAGCUGGGGUGGGGCAGGGGCAGGGGGAGCAGGGGGGGCAGGGGGAGCAGGGGCGGCAGGGGGAGCAGGGGGACUAGCUGGGGCAGCGGAAGUGAGAUACAGAAAGCUGUAUGAGGAGAAAAUGAAUCCUUUCACGGAGUUUCACCAGCGGGAGCAGGAGAAGAGCUAUCGUAACCUGCGCCUCCAUGAUAAGAUCACUCUCAACAGCAGCCGUUUCCUGCUCACAAACAAGUACGGCCGCGCUUUUGUAUUCUUCUACACUCUUCUCCUCCACCUCUUCAUCCUCGCCCUUCUUUACCGCUCCAUGCACCGCCGAACCAUCGUCCUCACUCCUGCCGCCUCCACCUAUCCUGCUGGCACUGUAUAG